UCCUCGAAUGUCCUUCGAUUGAUUCAAACUCGGUACGGCGCUCACCUUUCUUUCACCUCAUCUUUUCUCCUCCCCCCCGGGAUACAUCUGAACCCAGGUCGAACCGCCCAGAAGCUGCCACAUUAUCUUUAUUCCACUUUUCGUGUCAAAAAGGCAAGGUCAGAUUCCACGCUGCGAAUCAGCGUCCGUGGAAACCUCCUUUUCCCUUUCUGGAAUCUCCCUCAACCGCUCCUAAACUCUGCCCACAGUCUGUCCCGGCAGCACGCCAAAGUGCAAUAUCAAAAUCCGCCCCGCGACAAAGGCCAAACAUACAUCCAGCGCUCGCUCCAUUUGAAGGAACUGCAAAUGCGACCUGGGUUUCUUUAUCCAGCUUCUGAUCCACUGCGCCCGGCCCGCCCCAUAUGGUUGGAUCUUUCUAUCAGCCACAUUCUUGACCAAAAAACAUUUGAAUGUGAUCGAAGGACUGGAAAGGAUUUCCAUUGUCUGGUUGGCUGUCCUGCUACCCUCGAACGAUCUCUUCUCACGUAGGUUUUUAUCUUUAUUUCUUCCGGCUCUCAAAUGUCUCUAUUGGCACAAAAGGUCAAUAUCAGAUUUCAACCGCAACCUACUGGAACCAAAUGGCUGUAUCGUGUACAUCGGAACGAAAACUUAGUUCUCGACUAGUCCUUGAAUGUGCCUUCCAACAACUCGAGGGACUGACCGCGUAGGUGAUCUCUCAAAAACCAAGCCCCAAGCCAACCCUCGAUCUUUAUCCGCAAAAAUGUCGCAAAAACACCCCCGGCCUUUAGCACCAGCGGCUCCCAUGUACCCCGCUGUAAUCCCCAGCCCGAGCAUGCUUCCAUCACCCUCCAAACAGCGACGGAACAUUACAACAGCCUGCAGAGCCUGUCGGAAACGACGCACAAAGCUUAUACGUAUAAGCAGGCCGCCCUGCUCUUUCCUCUGGCGCCUGGGCUUCCCGUCGGGCUGUGUCACCCACUCCCAAUAAGCCCUCUUACGCGACCAAUUAUUUCCCAGCCAAUGUCAACGUCUCGAAGGAAAACAAAGCUUACGAAUUCAUGGUUGUCAAUAGUGUGAUGACAAUACUCCCUGUACGGCAUGUGUAGCGAAAAGGACGGACUGUAUACGCGAGGUGGCAGAAGAUGGCCGCAGGAAAAUGGCAUGGAAGCGAAAGGUCGAAGAAUUGGAGUCUCACCAGAGACUGCUCCCCGACUUGAUGGAGGCAAUUCGGACUGGUGACAGUGGUCAGGUGGAAGACCUCAUUGGCAUGAUCAGGACAACUACGUCGAAUGAGGAGGUGUCCAACUAUCUUGCGACCAACUUUCCUCACGUCGACGAGGAUGAGUCUCGCAGCAAGUCUUCCACCCGCCAACAAUCGCCACAGUCUUCAGCGAGCCGCUUCUCAAGAACCACAUUGGGGCUGAGUACACCCAUGUUCAAGGUACCAGCCAAACCCUGGACCGCGGUGACGGACGACGACUGGCUCGUGUCGCAUCUCGUAUCACUCUGGUUCACGUGGCGCCACUGGUGUUAUCCCUUCAUCGAUCGUGACAUAUUCAUCGCGGCCAUGCAGUCUGGUGAAGAGAAUGGUGGUGUGUGUACUGCGACGUUGGUGAACAUGAUCCUGGCAGAUGCUUGCUUCGACUACGACGUUCCCGACGAGGACAAUUCCACCCCGUCGAUCGAGAAGCCCUUGCAGGAUCUGUUUUACGAGGAAGCCAAGAGACAUGCAGAGGCGUCCACUCAGAAGAGGUCGUUACCGUCCAUACAGUUCCUGGCCGUCCAAUGGAUGUUCUUGGACAACCGUGGUACGGACAAGCUCGCCGUUUCGAUCAUGCAGGAAAUGAUCCACCAUCUGAAACAAUUCGAUAAACCUGGUCGGUCCCAAAAGCCCCGAACAAGGCGCGGGAAAGAAAGAGAGUCUGGUGCUAAGCGGCUUUUGGGAUAUACCAGUUGGGCCGCAUUCGUCUCCACCACAGCCGCUACGUUUGCUCUUCAAAAGCGACCCAUGAUGGGGCCGCCGACGACCGACAAACCGCCUCUUUGCCAGGGUGAGUUGGGCGAGGUCUGGUUACCGUAUCCUCGCGAUCAACCUCCUGUCCAUGCCCAUCCCAGCUGUCAUCUACAUCACACGAGCACUUUGUACGAGAUUUGUUACAAUAUCAGCCAAUAUCUUUUCGUCGAUGACAAUGCGAAUUCAGCUUCCAACACCCUCGAUAGACUCGAGGAACUCCAUCGGGACUUGAUAUCUUGGUACGACAGUCUCUCCGACUGCGUGCAAGUCAACGGAGUCAGGGCGCCCCAUACCCUGAGUGUGCACGCCCAGUACCACUGGGCGGUGUUGGUCUUGUCGGAGCUGAUCUUCACGCUGCAGGCCGACGAUGAAGAUGACGACGCAACAGUCUCUCUUCUCGUCCCUGUUGUCCGAGCACAGCAUAUGACUUCUGCCCUGGCCGUAGCCGACCUUGUCCAUCUCCAAUCUGUCUAUUGGGGGGUCGAUCACAUUCCCAUCAGCUUUCUCCAACCAGUCAACGCGGCCCUAUCUGUUGUCAUGAACGAUCUCGAAGCUGCCGAGCGCAAGGCGUCAUUUGUGAAGCUGGCCGUUGCAUUGCACAGUCUAUCCCGCCGGUCUGUUUCCGCCGAGAGCAUGUUGCGUGUUUUACGUCUCAAAAUACGUCAACUUCAACUAAUGUCGUCGAAUAAUAUUGAAAAGAUGUUCAAAGAUGCCGGUGCUCAGUUUGAGGGGAGUGUUUCUUCACCCGCUGUUGGUCUCGCUGCUGCCGGUGAGGUUGUCGGCUUUGGUGAAGGUGCCAUUCCGGAAGAAAGUUAUGACAUGUUGGUUGAGAGAUGGAAUCAAUUUCAUCUUGGAGCACCUUCAUCGUCAGGAUCAUCAUCCAGUUGACUUGGUGAAAUACGGGCGAAAUCAUGGGAAGUUGUUUAAUACUUGUUGGCUGAUUUGGUAUGUGCCGAUGGGGACUCAGAGUCGUCAUGUCUCGAUGGGCAUGUACAUAUGCGUAUUUGUAUGUGUGGAGAGAGAGAGAGAGAGAGAGAGAGAGAUGUUUGGAAACUUGUACUUUGGAGGAGUAUGACUGAUGCAAUUCGACGAAAAGGGAGUUGGGAAAUGACAAAGACUGUAUGGAUUGAACAUUGGAAUUCGAGUCAGGCAAUUGAGAUUGAUGAGGUGAAUCGACGUGGAAUAUCGGAACGAAGGGGAUUUAUGAAAAUAUUCAUGGAAGAAUUCUCAAACUUAUUCUUCAUGCCUAUUUCCCUCCUUUUGUUCAUGUUUGAAAAGGAGAACUCUAGCCUACUAUGGAGUCGAGAGAGUACCGAGUCGUAUGGGCCUACUUCUAGUCAAGGAUGUAUGAUGGUGUUGUGUCAGUGUACACCAGUAAUUGAAUUUGACAUGUUUGAUAGGUGAGUUUCAACUUGAAAUAGACUACACAGGUAAAAAAUGACUUGUGAGGAUGGAGCAAAC